AUUAAAUGUGUUUAUCCUAUUAUAGCGAAUGACCAUUAACAAUGUUGUUGCCUUCGGGGCGCUCAAACACCUUGACAAGAAUAUCAUCUCCUCUCCUGCCCACGAACGUCAUAAAUAAGUCAGAAAACGUGCAGCCAGUAGCUGCGACAGGAGCUACUGACAGUGGGCCAACAACUAUAGAGUCAACAAACGCAGAGGCGGGCAAACAUUCCUCAGCACCCUGUAACCAAUGUGAAAACAGGGCCACUUGCACCGUGCAUGCUGUGUGCGCCCCCAGUCUUCCACCAGUAUUAAACAGUACAGAUGCAGCUACGCCAGUUUUGGAUAGUGCGGGAACUUGGGAAGAAGUCGAGCGACACCUACAAGCAUUACAGGAAAAACUCAAGGAGAACUGGACCGUACACGUGGCUAAAGAGGGUAGACUAUAUUACUGCAAGUAAGUAUAGAAUGUAGGUGAUCUCAAAAAAAUCAUAUGUGCAUUUGUUAACAUAUACAUACACAUUAUUCACAAAUAUGUGCAUAUGGAUGUAUGAGCAGCAACUAAAUAUGUAAAGUUAAAUGAUAUGAACGUCAUGUAAUUAUUGAGUCACGGAAACUAAUAUAAACAGUAACCCCAAAUUUGUGGAGGGGCGACUACUAUCCGCCAGAAAUUAGCGCAGUAUAGGGGCUGUUUACCGCGCAACGAACUGCAUAUUAUGCUCAACUAUAUUCACUAAUUGUUUAAUUGGUUGUACAUGAAUGAAUUCGUUGAGGGCAAUAUGAAAUAGAACAGUGGUCAAAUAACUGCCUCGAAAGACAACAUUGUCUACUUCAUUAAAC